AUGGAAAAGGUCUUUUCUUUUUGCUCUAAAAAAGAGGAUCAAACUACAAAAAUUGCGAUUUUUCAUACUUGUUUCGGUAUGGCAUAUCCAAAUUCCCUCUUCAAUUUUCACAAAUCGCAGAAUUCAAAUUCACAUACUGAGAAAAAAUGUCAAGCGACAGUGAUGAAGAUGAGCUUUUACAAAUGGCAUUGCAGGAGCAAUCAACUGGUAAGAAGCCGUCAGAGCCACCGCCGAAGCCGAAGCCGAACUCGAGGAGCAGCGGAAGAAGAGUGGGAAGUAUAGACGCGACGCCGAAUCGAAAAGUGCAACAGAAGCAUAGGAAGGGAGUGGAAGAGGAAGAAGAUGAUUCGGAUUUAGAGAUUCUCAGCAUUUCGUCUGGAGAUGAUGAUCACGGAUCCUCGAAGAAGGAAAGUAAAGGUGCCUCGAAAAGAAGGGCUCCGAAAGGUGGGAAGGACGAUGACGCACACUGGCAAGGUGGUGAACCUGAUUGCUGGAAACGCGUUGAUGAAGAUGAGCUAAGACGUCAUGUUCGGGACAUGAGGGAGGCUAGAGCAAUUCCAGCCACUCAAAUCAAGGCUGAGGAGGAGAAGAUGGCAUUGGCAAAGAAGGCACUUCAGAGUUUGCAGUCUUUCCCUCGUGGCAUGGAAUGCAUAGAUCCUCUAAGAUUGGGGAUAGUUGACAAUAGAACAUUAAGGAUGAUCAGUGAGCAUUCAUCAAGUUCCCCAACUGUAGGCGAUUUGGACCCCAAAACUCGCGAGGGGUUGAAUUAUUUUUCUGAGAAGUUUGACUCAAAAUUGUUUAUAUCCCGAAUCCACCAAGAUACUGGUGCAGCAGACUUAGAGGGAGGUGCUGUUUCUUUGAAGACUGAUCUUAAAGGACGUAUGCAGCAGAAAAAACAAUUGGUCAAAGAGAAUUUUGAUUGCUUUGUAUCUUGCAAAACUACGAUUGAUGAUAUUGAAUCAAAGUUGAGACGCAUUGAGGAAGACCCUGAAGGUUCUGGAACUAAACACUUAUAUGAUUGUAUGCAAGGAGUCAAUUCAAUUGCUAACCGUGCUUUUGAGUCACUAUUUGAAAGACAGGCUCAAGCUGAGAAGAUAAGAUCUGUUCAAGGAACGAUUCAGAGGUUCCGAACAUUGUUUAACUUACCCAGUGCCAUUCGUGAAAGCAUUAGUAAGGGUGAAUAUGACCUGGCAGUCAGGGAGUACAGGAAAGCAAAUUCAAUUGUGCUGCCUUCUCAUGUGGGAAUUUUGAAGCGUGUCGUUGGGGAGGUUGAAAAAGUUAUACAAGAGUUUAAAGGCAUGCUUUACAAGUCUCUGGAAGAUCCUAAUAUUGACCUGACAAACCUUGAAAAUAUAGUGAGGCUCUUGUUGGAGUUGGAACCUGAAUCAGAUCCUGUAUGGCACUACUUAAAUAUACAGAAUCACAGAAUUCGAGGCUUGCUUGAGAAAUGUUCUUCAGAUCAUGAAGCUAGGAUGGAGAAUUUACAGAAUGAGAUGAGAGCCAAAGCUUCAUAUGAUGCAAAAUGGAGGCAAAUUCAGCAAGAUCUGAAUCAUUCCUCAGACAUUGAUUCGGAACUGUUAGUGAUGACCGGUGAACAAGGUGAUGCUUUUAGAGGAAAAUAUAUACGUAGAUUGACUGCUGUUGUUAUCCAUCAUGUACCUGCCUUCUGGAAAGUUUCUGUUUCAGUGUUCAGUGGGAAAUUUGCAAAGGCAUCCCAGGUGUCUUCUGAUUCAAAUGUCAAUGCCUCUGCAAAGAGAACUGAAGAAAAAGUAGGAGAUGGAAAGUACUGUAGUCAUUCUCUUGAUGAAGUUGCUGGGAUGUUGCAGAGUACUUUAUCAGCUUAUGGAUCUGAGGUUCAGAACACAUUUCGAGAUCUUGAAGAAUCAAAUAUUCUUUGCCCAUACAUGAGUGAUGCCAUAAAAGAGAUAUCUAAAGCAUGUUGUGCUUUUGAAGCCAAAGAAUCAGCACCUCCAGUUGCUGUUACGGCAUUGCGCACACUUCAGUCUGAGGUCACAAAAAUCAAUGUAUUGAGGCUCUGUUCUUGGAUGCGUACUACAACUGAGAAGAUAACAAAAGAUGAGACCUGGAUCCCAGUAUCUAUCUUAGAGAGGAACAGAUCUCCAUAUACAAUUUCUUCCUUGCCUCUGGCUUUCCGUUCAAUUAUCACAUUUGCAAUGGAUCAGAUCAAUACAUUGAUCCAGUCUUUGAGGAAUGAGGCUAUGAAGUUAGAGGACAUAUUCUUGCUUCUUCAAGAAAUUCAGGAAUCUGUUAGACUUGCCUUUUUGAACUGUUUGCUUAAUUUUGCCGGCCAGCUGGGCCACACUGGCAAUCAGCUUCUGAAUGAACAUGACAGAGAGAGUGCACAUUUUCAAAAUGGACAUGCUGAACCAGAAGAUAAAUCAUCGGAUCCUCUUCCAGGAAGUAUUGUUAAUCCACAUCGACAGUUGCUGAUGGUCGUAAGUAAUAUUGGAUAUUUCAAAGAUGAACUUGCUCAUGAAUUGUACAGCAAGUACAGACGAACUUGGCAGCAGUCGAGGGGCAAGGAUGAAGAGGACGCUGAUAUGCAAGAUCUCAUUGCAUCUUUCUCUGGGUUUGAAGAGAAUGUUCUUGAGCAGUAUACUUUGGCAAAGAGAAAUUUGUUCAGAACAGCUGCUGUAAACUAUUUGUUGGAGAGUGGUGUACAAUGGGGUGCUGCACCAGCAGUUGAGGGAGUACGAGAUGCUGCUGUGGAUUUACUACACACUUUAGUUGCUGUACAUGCAGAGGUUUUUGCCGGUUGUAAGCCUCUGUUGGAUAAGACACUUGGUAUUCUUGUUGAAGGUCUAAUCGACACUUUCUUAAGCCUUUUCCAUGAAAACCAAGAAACAGAUUUUACAGUAUUAGACGUGAAUGGCUUUUGUCAGCUUAUGCUUGAGCUUGAUUAUUUUGAGACCAUAUUGAACACUUACUUUACACAUGAAGCAAGGGAGUCUCUAAAAACUUUACAAGGGGUCCUUUUAGAGAAAGCAACUGAGAGUGUCCCAGAGACUGUUGAGACUCCAACCAAUAGUCGUCGGCAAACACGUGGAAAUGAUGAUGGACUUCAGGAUGAAAGGCAGCAAGGGGGGACUAUAUCACCUGAUGAUCUGAUUGCUCUUGCACAGCAGUACAGUUCUGAGCUACUUCAAUCUGAACUCGAGAGGACACGAAUCAAUACAGCAUGCUUUGUGGAGUCGAUUUCUCCGGAUUCUGUCCCAGAUUCAGCAAAAGCAGCUUAUGCUUCUUUUAGAGGAUCAAUGGAUUCUCCCGGUAGAGGAUCUCAAAGUGUUGGACCCCCGAGCUACUCCAAGCAAAGACGCCGAUAAAUUAGAGGUAUCCAUUUUCUGUUCCACUUUUUGCCCCAUAUUUCGAGCUUCACAAUGGGGAAAGCCUCUUCAUUUAGCUGUGAAACACAAAGUCCACAAAUGAUUUGACAAAAUAAUGUUUAGGUGUUAUCCUGCAAGUUGUUUGUUCUAUCAAAAUGUACCUUGACCUAAGAACUUGUAUGGCUUCCAUCUUACUCGAACAUGUAGAAGCCCUUCAUCUGGCUCUCAUCUAA